AUGGAAGCGGAGGGCAACUUCUUUGGGGGAGGCCUGGCAGAGCUGCCGGUGGAGGUGGUGCUCGAGGUGCUGGCAUGGCUACGGGUUGCUGACCUGGUGCGGGCCGAAGCCGUAUGCCGGCGCUGGCGCGCUUUCCUGAGCGCCGCAUCGCCCCUCGGUUCCACCCUCUGGCGGACCGCCCACAUGGCAGAGUUCGGCGGGCCGAAGCCGCUCCCGGUAAGGGAGGAAUCCGGCGGCAGCAGCAAGCAAACGCGCAAGCUCAGACUGCACCAGGACAAGCGCGGCGAUUGGCGUCUCUUCUGCCGCACCUCUCUGCGCACCCUUUACCGGCUUGGCGGUGGUCGGCCGUUGGACCAACCCGCUACCAACGACGGCGACGAUGCCUACCGCCACUACCGCAUGUACCAUCACACAUUGGCGGAGGUGGACUCGGUCAAGGCCCUGAUCCGGUGGACCUUCUCGUGCGGCCACCACGCGGCCUUGCGCGCCUCCUCCGCCCGACGACGCGGCCCGCCAUCCAGCGCCUCGCCCGCAACCUCCGGGCCAUUGGCCCACGGCGUUGAGCCGCUGGCGUGGGCGCUGAAGAGCCGCAGCGUCGAGCUGCUCGCGCUGGUGAUGGACAUGCAGGUGAUGCCAACGAGCCCGAGCCGGCUGGUCGACCUGCUGGCGAUCAUCACCGCCCGCCACCAGGACGCGGCGGCGAUCACCGCGCUCGUGCUCUCUCGACUCCCUGUCGCCCCGUCGGUCAUCUUUCACGUCGCAUGCGAGAGGGAGGAGGUGGAGGUGGCCCGGGUGUUGCUGGCGCAUUGCAAGAGCCCCGAGUCCAGAGCCGCGCUGCUGACGUCAACCGUUGCCAGCGAACACUGCGCACUGGCCCUGGCUUGUGGGAACAAUCGCACGAAGAUGAUCGAGUUUCUGCUGCGAGAGGAGAGCUUGCCGAAGGGACCGUGGCUCACCCAGGCCCUGAAUCGGGCGCUGCCCCGGUGUUCGGUCGCCAUACUCCUAGCACUGCUCGAACGAGGCGCGCGCGCCGACGAACCUCCGGGCCAGUCACUUGGCGGGUAUUAUCCCAUUCAUCUCGCUUGCCAGAGAGCCGAUGGAGCGGAGGUGGUGGAGCUCUUGGUGAAGCACGGGGCCAAUGUGAACUGCCCCCGGCCGAAGGGUCAAAAGUCUACGCCGCUACACCUGGCCUGUGCCGCCGCCGUGCCCUCCGCAGCGCUGGUCCAGCUGCUCCUCGACCACGGCGCUCUGCCCAACCCAACCGACACGCCGGCCAAGUCGGCUCAGGCCAGCGCGCAGAAGGUGGCGGCGGCUCGGGUCCUUGCCGAGCGUGGCGGUACGCUCGGGUCGCGAGACACCAAUCUCGAGUUGCUGCGUGUCCUCCUGAACUGGGUGCACGACAAGCGAUAUCCGGGCACCCAGUGCAAGUGGGCCGAGCGCGACCAGUGGCUUGUGGCCCUCGCCAAGUGCUUGCUUGAGCUGGGCUGUCUCUCCAUUCCGACGAAACCGUCGGUGGCGCUGACGAACGCAGUCUUCUUCUCCACCCCGCACAUAAUCACCUAUCUCGCCGAGCACGGCUUUCCGCAAUCCGCUGUUCAGCUUGGUAGGAAGAACUGGCAGCAGUGGCAGGCCAACCUGCGUGCGCUGCUGUUGGCCGGGCUCGACCCACGACGCGCCCUGCGCUUCGUCGAGGCGGGCGAUCUGCGCACGCUCGAUCUCCUGCUGGCCCACGGCGCCGACAUCAACGUCCUCCACCCCUCUUACGGGGGGGCCUUGGACCUCUUCCCGAGGCCCUUUGCCGCGCUGGAGCCGUGGCUGCGGGCGCUGCACCGGCGCGGCCUGCGGCUCGAUGGCGUUGGCUUUGGUGGCGGCAUGGCCCAGCCGUUCUGGUGGCCGUCGCCGCUUACUCAGGAACAGAAGGCGCACAUCGGGAAGGUGCUGGCCGAGCUCAACGAGACCCAAGAAUGA